CACCGCAUCAUCCCCGACUUCAUGGCCCAGGGCGGCGAUCCCACAGGCACCGGGCGCGGCGGCACCUCGAUCUACGGCGAGAAAUUCGAGGACGAGAUCCACCCUGGGCUCAAGCACACGGGCGCCGGCGUGCUCAGCAUGGCGAACUCGGGCAAGGACACCAAUGGCAGCCAGUUCUUCAUCACGCUUGCGCCGACGCCGUGGCUGGACGGGAAGCAUACCAUCUUUGGGCGCGUCAAGGGGGGCAUGAGCACCGUCAAGAGACUGGGUCUCGUUAGGACAGGUGCAGAGGACAGGCCGGUGGAGGAGAUCAAGAUUGUCGAAGCAAAAGUGCUGGAAGGAAAUGAUGAGAUUUGAUGAUGAUUUUCACGCACGGCGUUGGGGACAAUCACGGGUAUCAUACAGGCGGCGAAUAACGAUUUGGAAACGUAAGG